AUGGCUCGGAAACUCCGUUCCUCGUCACGUCCAUCGACGCCCGUCGAGUCGCCUGCGCCGACUACUGCUCGUCCUUCCUCGGCAGCAGAAUCAUCAAGACCUCGAAAGUUAAGACGGACAGGCCAUAACACACGAGUAGCAUCCGACCCGCCGCAGGGCUCGCAGUCGCAUCCCGAACAAUUCACAGCCGAGAUUGAGAGUAACUCUAGCGCGCCACAAACAGGAUGGACUGAACCGCCCGUGAGACCUGCGGUCCCAAGCUAUAUGGACUCGCCGUGGUCCGCCAUGUCCAGCGAUACGAAUCCCGUAUUGUCAACCAUGCGACCCCUAGGGUCAAUGCCAACAGCCGCGGAUUUGCGGAAAGUGGGCUUAGAACCGUCCAAGCCGGUUACCCCUAGAUUACCACUCAAAGAAGCGUCACAAAUAAUGCAAAAUGGCAUUCACAAGGAGGAGCAGAACGCUGGGCAGAAUGCUCAGCAAAUUGGCGAUGCAGGCGACAAAAAAUCAAAAUCCCCCGAUGUCCCUGUCGAGGAACCGAUCCCGGUUCCCGCGCCCGCUCAGCCAAAAGAAAAAGCUCAAAAGAAAGAUCAUCUCGCCAUUUUUUCAGCACUUCCAGUUCCGUCUUCCGAUGAGUUUGACGUUGACCGAAUCAAGGACGCGGUUAAGGAUGCUGUCCGCCAAGGUGUCCAGACGGGCAACAAGGCAGUCAUUCGCACCCUUUUAAAUGUAUGGGAAAACACCUCUAAUGAUUCAUCCAUGUUAUCCAUCCUGGAUGGCAUAUGUCGAGACAAUCCUACCCGCCGCGAAACAUCCGCGUUCAAAACGGUUAUACGCGCCGCAUGGGACGAAUCUCAACACGGGGAGGACACCGAUGGCUCUGAUGCCCAACCCCCUGCCAUGACUCGGACGCGAUCUGCCAGUAGUGUAUCUUCGCUAUCAUCCGCAAAGUCACUUGAUGCUGAGACGUUUGCGCCAGUAAUGACAUCUGCGACAAGCAACACCCGUUCUCGCACAAAAGGCAAGCAAACCAAGAUCACAGCGCUCAAACCCAAGCCAAAGAACCCGAUUCCCCCGGUUCGCCGCUCAGCGUUUCCAAGCAACGCAGAAGCGUCUACUCAACGAAAGCGCGCCAUGGAAGUCAAUCCCGAUUUCUCAGAAGAAGCCGUUAACGAAAAGCGGGACCGUUUGCAGCCGAAACUUCCGGAGCUUGAUAUUCCAGAAAGCAAAGUCCGCAGCUCGCUGUCUCUAUCCAACUUUGCGUCGCCUGGAUUGUCUCGGGGCUAUGGUAUGAAUGACAGGGGGCAAUCAGAUUCUCGCGAGACUAGCGAGGCCCCCGAUAACCAACGCAUAGCUACUUCCGACGAUGAAUACUCGGAGAACAACGACUUUUGCCAUAACUGCAAUCGAAGUGGGCAGUUGCUAUGCUGUGACGGUUGUGUGAAAUCGUUCCAUUUCUCCUGUCUUGAACCACCCCUGGAUCCUGCAAAUCCGCCCGAAGGCGAAUGGUACUGCCCGAAAUGCUCAAUUGCGAGGCCGAUGCGUGCACUCCUUGGUACUUUGGAUUAUAGUGUCGAACAACAAGAUUUCAAGCUGCCCUUUGAGAUUAAGGACUACUUUGCUGGUGUCACAUCGAAUGAAAAGCAAGGUGGACGAUAUGAACCAGCUGGGCCACCAUUCCCUCGAAUUGCUCCUCGUAAUGUUCGGGGAAGCAGACUCGCAAACUACAGUGAUCCGAACCUCCGAAGGCUCUACGAAAGACUUCCCAACUCAUCAAGGGAAACCCCUAUCUUCUGUAUGGUUUGUGGAAAAACAAGUCUUCAUGACAGGCCUAUUAUUCAGUGUGAUUACUGUCCCUGCUCGUUUCACUUGGACUGCACCGACCCGAUCACAUCGAACCCGCCUGUCCAAACAUCGGCAGGAAGGGAACAUCCUGAACAGGGCCAUAGGUAUUGGAUGUGUCCCAACCAUGUCUACCAUGACCUGGCCUACUUGGUUUACGACGAAGAGGGCUACGAACAUCGCCGGCGCAUUCGCAGCAUUAAGCGCCCUCGACUGGUCGAUAUCGAAAUCCUUCCAGAUGAAGAGGACGAGGAAGCGCACAUGAGGGAGCUCACACACCAAGGGGAGAAGUAUCGCGUUUCGGAGAACGGCGUUAAGCUAAGCUUCAUUGAGAAGGUAAAACGUGACCGGUUUGAAGCGGAAGCCAAAAAGGCUGCCGCCGAGAGAUACUUUGCUUACGCGAAGGAGCGGCUCGACAAUCUGACCGCCAACGCUCGCUCCUAUUACAAGACCCAACGCCAGCCGCGGCCUCCCGCGCCCGUGGAGGACACCGUGGCUCCUCGAACCACCGAUGACCGAGAUGCCGCCAUGAGCUUGCUUGCCCUUACUCAUGGAAAUGCCGGGUCGGUCGAAUCGGUCCAAACAGAACUUGACUCGCUGCAGUCUUUACAAAAAUCGAUCGAAGAUCGACUUAAAUUCCUGCGGGAUUUCCGCCAGGAGCUGUGA